ACUUCGUGUAGGUAAGUACACACACUCGAAGAAAAUCUAACCUCGUGUCUCUUCUACCCACGAAACGUUUGCCGCUAUGGGUUUUUGUGUCAAAGCUGGUCUUUUGAUCGUGACAUUUUUGAGUGUCGUAAGUCAAAUAGCCUCAAUAGCGAAAUUACCUAGUUCUUUUGGCAGAUGUAGUGUAAAAGAUCCAGAAAUGGAUAAAUGUUUAGCUAAAAAUGUUGAAGAUGCAAUUCAUUUACUUAAAGCAGAUACGCCGGAACUAGGCCUGGCAACGCUAGAUCCUUUGGAUAUUCCCGAGUUGGUAAUUGGAGAAGGAACUGGUCCAGUAAAUGUAGUACAAAAUUUCAAAAAUAUUAAAUUACAUGGAUUAACAAGUUCAUCAUGUCUAGACGCGCAUUUCGACUCGAAAAAUAAUAUAUUGACAGCAAGAUCUAUAACGCCCGAGUUGAGACUACAAGGCAAAUAUUCAAUGAAGGGGAAAGUACUGUUGCUACCAAUCUAUGGAGACGGAGACUGUAAUAUUACAUUGAUUAAUACUAAAAUUAAUCACACUAUAUUGGGAGAAACUGUAGAGAAAAAAGGACACACUUUUUUUAAUAUCUACAACUAUACUGUAACUUUGAGACCAGAGAAGAUGAUUUACAAAUUCGAUAACUUAUUCAAUGGAGAUCGACAAUUAGGCGAACAAGUUUUGAAUGUUUUGAACGAUAACUGGAAUGAAGUUUUCACAGAUGUAAGAGAUGGAUACGAGAAGAGUUUUGGUCUCAUUUUUCAUGGAUUAGGAAACAGAGUAUUUUCUAGAGUACCUCUAAAAGAUAUAUUCUUAGAUUUGGAAUGAUAAUUUCACUACUUUUCGUAAAAUUAUUAUUAAAAAGUAUUAUUAGCUUUAAUAGAAACUGUAGAUAUUCGAGGGUAUUUUAAUAAAGAUCUUAUAUAUUAAAAAAA